AUGUCCAGUCAAAAGCAGAUUGACCCCAAGAAGCAGCAAGAGCUGCAGGUCCAGUACACGACCUUCAAGAACACCCUUCAACAAUUAGCAUCGAAAAUUGGCGAUAUCGAGCAAGAGGCUGAGGAGCACAGACUGGUCAUUGAAACCCUGAGCCCUCUCUCUGAAGACCGGAAAUGCUUUCGCAUGGUGAAUGGGGUGCUGGUCGAGCGCACUGUUAAAGAUGUCCUCCCGAACCUCAAGACCAACUCAGAGGGACUGCAAUCAGUGAUUGAAGAUAUGUUGAAGCAAUACAAGUCUAAGCAAGGGGAGCUGGAUAGCUGGAAGAAGAAGAACAACAUCCAGGUUGUCCAGCCUUAA